UUACGACAGCAAUGUUUUAAAAAUUGGCUAUAAGGUGGUCACGCGAUGGAUGACACUGAAAGCACAACUACAUCUGCAGAUGAGAACACUGGAAAUUUAUGCGAUAAUCCUACCAGGGACACUUUGGCUGAAGGUUUGUUAGGGCUCCUGAAGCCGACGGUAGAUCAACUGGACGACAGAGUCAAAGCCACAAGAAUAGCACAACUAGAAUUGAAGCAACAAAUAGAUUCGCUCAACGAAGAACUCUUAAAAGUACGAGAGGCACUCAAUAACCAUCCCGACUUGGAUCCAUAUGUGAAAAAACUCAUUGCAGCAAAACAUAAAGUGACAGUAGUCCUGAAUGUUCUGCAAGCUUCUCAGGAUAGAAUAAAUGAAAUAAGGCGAAUGAUUGUAAAAGAAAAGAGUGUACGUACAACUGUUGUACAAACUACACUACAACCAUCACCUCAGGAACCAGAGCAAAGUACGAGCAGUAUUGCCCCAGAGCAAGGCACUAUAAAUUAACUAUGGAAACUCCACAUCAGAACCACAUUGACAAGGCCGAUUUCGAUCACGUAUAUGAACCAGCUGAAGAUAGCUUUCUUCUCAUUGAUGCUAUAGAAAAAGAUUUAGAAAACCUACGGUCUAGGAAUCCUGCUUUGUGCCUUGAAGUAGGCUCGGGUAGUGGUGUUGUAGUAACUGCAUUUGGUAUGGCAUUCCCUUCAACAUUCUGUAUCAGUACAGACAUCAACUUCAGAGCAUGCAUAAUGUCAAAAAAAACUGCGGAAUAUAACAAGGUUAUAUUUGAUUCAGUAAGGAUGGAUCUGGCGAGUUCGUUUGCUGAUAAUAUAUUUGAUAUCAUAAUAUUUAAUCCUCCGUAUGUAGUGACAGAUUCUGAAGAAUGCGGCGGAGAUGAUAUCACAGCCAGCUGGGCAGGUGGGGUCAAAGGGAGAGAAGUAACAGACAGAUUGUUAGAAAUGAUACCAAAGAAAUUAGCUAAAGAUGGUACAUUCUACCUUCUGCUGAUUGAAGAGAACAUUCCAGAUGAGGUAAUCAAUAUUAUGUCUAAUCAUGGAUUUAGAUAUAAAACUGUGGUAAGAAGGAAAGUGAGGAACGAACAACAAAUAGUUUUAAAAUUUUAUAGAAUAAUAUAUUGAAAUAAAUAUAAGAGAAAUAUAUACUAAAUAAUGUUUU